AUGAAGUACCCAAUUUCUACCAUCGCCUUCCUGGCCACCUUGUUCAGCCAAGCCAUCGCUUUGAAAAGCAAUGGGGUCUACGAAAUCCAGUCCCCUCGCUCUGGAGAUGUUUGGGGAGUUCAAAACUCCAUCGGUGUCAAACAUCGGGUUGAGCUGGUACACCCGGAAGGCAAAUCAGCUGAGCGCUGGCGUCUAGUCUCUUCCGGCCCAGACUUCUUCAUAGAAAACAUCUACACCCAGGGCAUGCUUGCAUGCAAACAUCAGUGCGAAGUGGACACGCUUGGAAACGAUGCACAGCUUUUCAAAGUCACCCAGAAUAAUGAUGACACCUUCACCUUCCACCCCUCGGGAACCCAGCUGGUCGUAGCAGCUGGGGAAGAUAAUGAGUUGGAGGCCCAGCCUUCGGGUCCAUCAGUUGAUGCAGCCUUCGUUCUUCGUAGCAAAACUGGAUGA